AUGGAAGUAAUGUUUGUAAAUACAAUUCAUGAAACAAUUACAGUUACGUAUAAACUAUUCAGCAUUUUAAUUCCUAAAGCAGGAUUGUUGUUUGAACAAAUAUGGGAUAGUGAAUUGGCAAUGAAAGCUAAUGAAUUGGGUGCUAAACUGUGUACAAACAAUCAUAGUAAUCUAGACAUGAGAAAUACAAUGCAACGAAAAUGUGUUCAUCAAAAUGUUAUAGUAUCGAAUGACGACUAUUCAAUUGCUGUCUUAUCAUGGAUGAUGGAAAGUCAGUAUUAUAAUAUUGAAACGAAUCGAUGCAAUGUAGUGAAUGGUUGUGAAAAUUUCCAAAAUAUGAUUCUACCAGGAACAGUUUAUCUGGGAUGUGGUAUUCAUUAUUGUCCACAAUUGUCAACUACUGAAAAACAGCUGAUUGUUUGUAAUUAUUCGCCAGAAUAA